AUGGAAGUUAUUCACCUUAUUGCGGUCUAUGCUGCGCCUACAGUCAGUCGUCGAAGUGGGUUGUGGGGACAGUUGAAGCGGGUGAUCGAAAAUAUCGCUGAGCCGGUAUUGAUAGGAGGAGAUUUUAAUACUAUCUUGAGGUUGGAUGAGAGGUCAGGAGGCAAUGGUAGACUUUCACCAGACUCCUUGGCGUUCGGUGAGUGGAUAAAUGAACUUGCGUUGGUUGAUAUGGGUUUAAGAGGAAGCACAUUCACAUGGAGAAGAGGUAAAUAUACUCGGAUUUUUGUUGCUAGAAGGUUGGACAGGGUCUUGUGUAGUGCCCAGACACGGGUAAGGUGGCAGGAGGCGGUGGUCUCGCAUCUUCCGUUUAGCGUCAGACCACACACCAAUUUAUGUGCAGCUAGAACUGAAAGGAGAGGUAAUCCUAAGAGGAGACCUUUUCGUUUUGAAGCGGCAUGGCUUAAACAUGAAGGUUUCAAAGACCUACUCUCGGCAUCUUGGAACCGGGAAAUGCGUACUCCUGAGGCUCUUGCGUUGUUGAAAGUGAAGCUUAAAAAGUGGAACAAAGAGGAGGAGGUUCUAUGGUAUCAGAAAUCAUGUGAGAAAUGGGUAGUGCUUGGUGAUAGGAAUACAAACUACUACCAUACGAGUACAAUUGUUCGAAGUAAGAGAAAUAAAAUUGAGAUGCUGAAGGAUGAAGAUGGUCGUUGGAUAGAUCAGUCAGAAGAAUUGGAAAAGCUAGCAAUAGCUUAUUAUAGAAGAUUGUAUUCAACGGAGGAUCUCAAUAUGAACACAGAGAAACUUCCGCAGCAGGGCUUUACUGCUUUCACGAGAGAUGAGAAGGAGAUUUUAAACAAACCGUUUGCUCUGAGGAUAUGGAGACUUCGGUUCGAUCUAUGGGUAAGUUCAAGGCCCCAGGACCGGAUGGUUUUCAACCUGUCUUCUACCAGGACUCGUGGGAAGUAG